AUGUGGGACACCGGAGCUGCUGGUGAUUACAGUGCACUGAAUUCUGAAGACACCGAUUCUCAAGAAGAACCCGGCGAACAUGAUGAAAGUGAAGGCGAAGAAUUUUGCACAGAUCCACAAGAGCAGUCUCAAAAUGAACCUAUUCACAAAUCAUUUCACUUUCUGGAAGAAUGCAGUUUUAUAGAUUUCGUAGAUACCAACGGUGAAUUUAUAAUCACUGCUGGGCGAGACCAUGAUAUAAAGGUCUGGGAUGCAACAAAAGAGGUGGUCAUUCGAAGAUUCGUCGGCCAUACUGCUCCUGUCACAGGGAUAAAACUUCAAGGCGCCGAUCCUUCAGAGCCUUGUUCAGCUGAAUUAACAGUCAUUAGUUCAUCUGAAGAUGGAAGCAUACGGGAAUGGUCUCUCCGGAAAGGCACAGAAAUUAGAAAAAUAGAAACAGAGAACGUCAUAACGUGCAUGGGCAUUAUGUCGAACAAACUUGCAGCGAUUGGAAAUCAUAAAGGCCACUUAGAUGUUCAUCAUGUAUCGACUGGACAGUUAUACUGCAGCAUUGUAGCACAUAACGAUCCUAUAGACGCUUUAAUGGUUAAUGAUGUGCACAUUUGUACAGCAGUAUAUGAUAGACCAGGAAGUUUGAGAGUAUGGCAACUGAAAUGGGGUAAAGUGAUUUGUAUGUACAGUCUAGAGGAAAUAUUUUCCAUUGAAUUUGCAACAUUUACAAUGUAUGGAGAUCUCCUCAUUUUGGGUGACGGUACUGAACAGAAACUCCACAUACUGAGUUAUAUGACAGAAGAUACUACAGACACCCUGCAGCUGAGUGAAAAUGCUGGUCAUGUACAGCAUGUUGCAGUGAUGGAUGGUCUCGUUUUGGCUUCAACAGUGGAUAGUAACAAAAUGGUACAUUUGCAUGGUGAGUAUAGAUACAGAUUGUCAUAUUAA